CUGCUCUGCUGCCAGAGGUUUGGGAGUCGUAGUGGCGGCGGCAGCGGCGUUGGUGGCACGGAGGUGCGCGGCAUGGAGGCGCUGGCGGCUUUAGCCUUGCUGCGCUGAGGGACGGGGCCGAGCGGAUCGGAGCCGAGCGCGACCGUUGGACCCCGCCCGUGGUAGUGGCAGCGGCAGCGCGCUGUCACCUCGCCGCCCGGCGAUGGGGAAUGGACUCUCGGAUCAGACGCCGAUCCUGUCCAGCCUGCCUUCUUUCCAGUGCUUCCAUAUCGUGAUCUUGGGGCUGGAUUCUGCUGGGAAGACGACCGUGCUGUACAGGCUGCAGUUCAAUGAGUUCGUCAACACCGUCCCCACGAAAGGAUUUAAUACGGAGAAAAUCAAAGUAACGCUGGGCAACUCGAAAACGGUCACGUUCCACUUCUGGGAUGUGGGCGGCCAGGAGAAGCUGCGGCCGCUAUGGAAGUCGUACACGAGGUGUACCGAUGGUAUUGUGUUUGUGGUGGACUCUGUAGACGUCGAGAGAAUGGAGGAGGCCAAAACGGAACUUCACAAAAUCACGCGGAUAUCUGAAAAUCAAGGAGUGCCUGUCCUUAUAGUCGCUAACAAGCAGGACUUGAGAAACUCUCUCUCUCUUUCUGAAAUCGAGAAGAUGUUAGCGAUGAGUGAGCUGAGUUCUUCGACUCCCUGGCAUUUGCAGCCAACCUGUGCAAUCAUCGGAGAUGGACUCAAAGAAGGACUGGAAAAGCUAUACGAUAUGAUAAUUAAGCGAAGGAAAAUGUUGAGGCAGCAGAAAAAGAAGAGAUGAGUUCUGUUUUGACCUUUCUGUUUUAGAGUAGUUACGUGGUCAAAAUUUGACAUAAGACAGCUUCCAAACCCAGGCCUGCUUGUUUGGAUGCCGUUAAGCUUAGUUACAUUAAACAAUCAGUUGCACAACCUUGCCUUGUGGAAGGCAGUGUGCUCAUGGAACUUUUAUUUUUUUUAAAUAGUCUCUUCUGAGUUUAUGGCUCUGCAUUAUUUCAGAAGCCCGAAUAGAUGAUGUAAUACUAUCAGGAAAUGGAUGGAUGGGUGGGUAUGUGUGACAUGGAUGUCUAAAUAGCCAAAUAUGACGAAGGUUUUCUGCUUAGUGUUGUACUCCUACAUUUGAGGGUGCCUCUGCAAGCGAUUUGCAUUGAAGGUGUUCUGUGUUUUUGAACUUCUAAUGCUCAUAAGUGGAGUAUUUAGGUGAACAUUAUACAGCUUUAAAAACAUGUAUGAAGCUAGUAACCCAUUAUUUCAAGAGGCUGUUUUUUAUCUUGUUUGGGGAUUUCUAUGGAAGCUUGGCUACAUGUGUAGGGUGUUUUUUUUUUAAUUUGGCACUUUUUGAAAUUGACUCAUGUUCAGUUCAAAUACUUGAAGCUUAAGUGCUGUGGGUUUUUCAACUGAUAGAAGAGACUUUUUUGACAAGUUAAAAAAUGUAAACAGCACGUUGGAGCAUGGAAAAGUGAUUUCCCAAUAUACAGCAUGUUUUUCAUAUAUAAGGUUUUUUAUUUUUUAGAGGUAGUUAUUCAUCCUUAUACAUUAAAUCAGACUUAAGCUAAUACUCAAAAUUAGUAAUUUAUUUUUGAAUGAUAAGUAUUACGUCCUCGAUCUAUCCAAUUAAAAGUAAAUUAAUUGCAGUAAAGAAGCUGUAAAGAACAACUUAGGCUGUUGUGGUUCUAGCAAUCGCAACAUGUUUGCUCUGUUAGUGACUUUUUUUGGCAAUAAAAAUAAAUCAUAAUGAAGUAAAGAUGAAGUUAAACUUAGCAGAGCACUUCUUGUAUCUCCCCAAAAUAUCCCAUUUUAUUAAAGUGGUAUUGCUAUGUCACUUCAACGUAUGCUUUUUUUUUUUUUUAUUGUGACUCUAAUUAUUAAAGUAUUUUGUGGUUAGGAAUGUAAUAAUGCUUUAUACACUCAAAACAUUUGACACUACUGGGAGGGAGGGAGUGGGGGAAGAAGAUUUUCAAGAUGGGCCUGUGUUCUGCUUUAAUUAUGCUUUAAGCUGUUCUUGUUUACAGAGUGUGCAAACAGUGUUAACUGGGCAGGAUAGUGCUUGACAGAAAAGGGAGGGUAGUUUUUCUUACUGGUACAGAGCUUCAGGUGACUCUUUAGAUACUUGGUUAGCAACUAAAAGGGCUAUAACAGAGCCUGGAUUUUUAGGACUAACUUUAGUGGUGCUGUAAAAAUUCAUCAGAAUGUUAGAUUCUCUUUAAACUUUUGUUGGAAACAUUAAAUAAAAAAAUAAAUAAAUAAAAUCUAUUUCCUCCUCUUAGUCAACCAGCAAUGUAAAAAAAAAAAAAAAAAAAAAAAAAACCACUUUCUUACAUGCUGCCAUGUAUCAGGAGGGUGACAGCUACAAACCUGAAUGUCAAUCAAUAUAACUUAGAUAUGUUUUAGGAAAAAAAAAAUCAAAUUUUUUAACCAGCAGCUGUUUGUCCAGGAGGUAACCAAAAAUGCACUUUAGUGUCUUCAAUAAAUGAAAGUGACAGCUGGUUUUUUUUUUUUUUUGUUUUGUUUGUUUGUUUUAUUUUAUUAUUUUUUUUUUAAUACAUCUCGGUCCUUUUUGAAUAAACUGAAGUAGCUUCCAGUGGAGCUUUUGUAUGUUGGUUAUAUAUGUACCUGCACUGGUGACAUUGUAAGUCACUUACUCAAGUAAUGUCUAUAUUUAUAGAAAUGUGGAUGACUUCUUAAACCUCAAUAAACAAUUCAAAACAA